GAGGCAGUGAGAUUGUGAUUGUUACCCCUCGGUCUACCAUGUCGGAGGCCAGAGUUGUACGCGACGUUGAAAGUAGUAUAUCCCAACGCAACCCACCCGUUCUCUUUCGAGACCUGAACAGUUAUGCCGAGUUCUUGGACUCCUGUAAAAAAGAAUUUGAGCAGCUGUGGAGGCGACAGUGUCCCAUCGGUCACCUGGACGAGUGGGAGAGACUGCGGACCCUGGGCUCCGGUGCAUUCGGCCGUGUUGUGCUGGUGCGCAACAAGCACAGCGGACAAUACUUCGUCAUGAAGGUGUUGGAGAAGGCGAAAGUCAUCAGGCUCAAACAGGCGCAACACUUGAGAGAUGAGCGACGCGCGCUUAACUACGUUAAUUUCCCAUUUAUCGUAUCAUUAGUAACGUCGUUCAAAGAUUUCAACUACAUCUUCUUGGUGAUGCCGUUCGUGCCAGGAGGAGAACUGUUCUCAUAUUUGAGACGAGUCGGCAAAUUUGGGGAAGACCAAGCUCGGUUUUAUGCCGCCCAAGUUGUCCUGUCGUUUGAAUAUUUACACAAUGUGGACUUGAUCUACCGUGAUCUAAAGCCAGAAAAUAUUUUAAUCGAUGACAAAGGCUAUCUGAAAAUCGCCGAUCUUGGAUUUUGCAAAGUUGUGAAGGGCCGGACGUGGACACUGUGUGGGACACCAGAGUACUUGGCCCCCGAGCUUAUUCUCAGCAAGGGCUACGGCAAAUCGGCAGACUGGUGGUCCUUCGGCGUCCUCAUUUACGAGAUGACGGCUGGCUUCCCUCCGUUCUGCGGUAGCGAAACGCUCAAGACUUACGAGAAGAUCGUGGCGGGGAAGUACCGCCCGGCACCGCACCACUCUGCAGACGUCAAGGACCUCAUUGAAAAGCUUCUCCAGACCGACCUGUCCCGCAGGAUCGGGAUAUUAAAGGACGGGGUGAACGAUAUCAAGAGGCACCCCUGGUUCAGACCGACCAACUGGCUGGCUGUUUUGAAUAAGCAGGUUCGAGCCCCGUUCGUGCCUCAGUUUAAAAAUAUGGGAGACGCGAGCAACUACGAUUUCUAUGAAGAGGAUGAACUAAAAACUGCCAGCUGCGACAAGUUUCCAAACGAUUUUGUCGACUUCUGAUGGAACUUACUCUUCCUGCAGUCGCGUCGGACUAUUUGUUGCAUUUGGAUCUGACGUUAGGCGCGCGUUUCUUUUGAGAGCGCUCAUAUUUAUCAGCUUUACCAACUGUGUGUGGCUACACUUUUUUCCAGAACUAUUUUCCUGUUAUUUCUGUAACAUUUUACUGAUUUCAUUCCUACCAGUAACAAUAAUAAUGAAUUUAGUAUCCAAUUUAGACAGUUCAUUUCGCAUGACUGAAUAAAUACAAAUUGUUCUUUUCGUGUGCGGUAAAGUGGCAGCCUGCGCUUGUUACUGUUACGUCAUUUUGACGUCUGCGAGCAUACGACAAGGAGGUAACUUAAGUCGAUGAGAACGGACGAUUUCAUCUAUUUGCUCUAGCUUCGGUCAAUACUUCGAACGAUCUGUUGGGACUAACCUACCUGGAACUUCUCUGCUGCAACUCGUGUGCUUCUUUUCGUCCUUCCAAG